AAAAGAGGAGGAUUUUGGAAGAAUGGGGGAUGAAUUGGUGAUAAAUCGUGUUAUCAAUUCAAUAAGAAACUGUUACAUAUCAGCUUCUAAUCAUCCACUACUAGUGUUCAUGGCUUUCCUCUUGUUUUGGACACACCAAUUUUUCCCUUUCUUGUUUUCUCUUUUGGUACAUGCUUCUCCCGUUAUUGCAUCCACUCUUAUCCUGCUUGGAACUCUCUUGUUUUACGGUCAUGCAAACGCACCCGAAAUCCAAAGGGAAGGAACAUCAUCACACCAUCACGAAAUCCAUAAUCUAGUAUUUGGCGGUAUGGGAAACACCGAGCUUGACAAUAAUGAUGGUCGUAAAUCCGUUGAUAGUCGUGCAUCAAGGAAGCAAGAUGCAAAGAGUGAAUCGGGCAAUCUACAGCCCGUUUUGGUGAAUCGUGGUGCUCAGUUUGAUCCUUCAAAGAGUAGUGAUGGGUCAAGAAGGAGUUCAUUUGAUCCGUUACAUUCUAUUCUUGGGCACUUUGAUGAUGAUCAUAAGGGAUGGGAUUCGGGAUCUGAUGCUUCAACAAUGGAUAAUUUUCCAAUGCUUGAUCAAGGACAUCUUCUAGACGACAUUCAUAAUGAAACCGAUGAUGAUGAUGAUGACGACGAGGAGCAUGACGAUAUAGAAGUUAAAGACGAUUAUGACGAUGAAGAUGAACAUGUUGUUACAUGGACCGAACGUGACCAAAGGAAUCUCAUCAGCAUGGGGACAUUAGAACUGGAAAGAAACCAGCGGUUACAGAGUCUUGUUGCUAGACAAAAAGUUAUAAAAAACAUGAGGAUGGCUGCGGAAAAAAACUUGGCAAACUUGGAAAAAAACCAUCAAUUCGAUGGAUCGGUUUCCUCUAAUAUGAUGGCAAGAAGACACUCCGUUGAUGUUCCGUAUGACCUGCAUGGAGCGAAACCUGAUCGAAUGGGUCCCACUUUUCAAUCAGGUUCUGUACAAGCAAACCUCCCGUUGGGCUAUCGUCACCGGAGAUCUGAUGUGGGUAUUAUGGGCCACUCAACUUUGGAUUCUUACCCGGUAAAAACAAUUGUUUCAACUCAUACUUCUGAUGUGAAUGUGCAUCCUAACAUUCCAAGAAGUCGUCGGCUUUCUCAAGAUGGUGAUAGUGUGAGGCUUCAUCGGGCUGCAGUAGCAGCAGAUGACAGAAGUAAUGAGGUUAAAAUAAGUGGUGAGAAUGCAGCAGGUAAUGAAGAUAAAACAAGCAAUAAAUCGAGCUCGUCCUCAUUUUGUGAUGUAACUGAAGACAUAAAUGAUGGUGCUGAUGAUAAUGAGGAAGAAGAGUUUGGCUCCGUGGAUGAGCCAACGACACAAGAUUCAAAAGAUCUACAGACUACUUUCAACCCGAUAUUACAACAUAUGCAGGAUUCGGGAGAUAGUGACACCGACACUGAAAGUGACACUGAGGAAGCCGGAUUGACCCAAAGGCUAAAAUCAUGGUUCACUGGAUGGAAGGGAUGA